AUCCUUCAACUUCAUCUCUUCAGUUGUCGUAUUCCCUGACUAAGGCAACUGUCGAUCCCACUCCUUGGUUGUCAGUCUUCAGCACCAUCAUUCGCUUAAAGACAUACCUUGCCGUCAUAAUCGUUAAUCGAUUUACUUAAUCGACACGAACCCUUGUCAUCGUACUCCUCUGUCAUCAUGUCUUCGACUGAAGGCAACAACCAUGCCCACAGGUCGGUCAGCUCUUCGGGGCGACCUUCCAUGGCUGGCAGCACCACUGAUAGCAUCCAAUUCGACACACCAUCUGGAGUCAUGACACCAAGCAGCCGCGUGUCUCGCCCUUACACAAUGAAGAUCGAUGAGGACUCAAGAUACCGAGCAAUCAUCAAGCAUCUUUAUGCAAAGGCAUCGUCCAUGCGAUGGAUGACCGCUGGCCCAGCUUCGCCUCAUAUCUGCGAAGGUGUCUUGAUCCGAAAAGGCCUUGGAGAGUAUGUCACAGAGCCACAGAACAUUGACCGAGAUCUGCUCGGCGCCGUCACGCGGAUCAACCCAGGCGUCGCCCUGACAAUGGCCACCGACGGCACACAAGCCAUUUUCGACGUACUGGAGUCACACGAGACCGAGCUCAUGUUCCAGAACGGAUCCCAGAUCCAGAUAUACGAGUCCAUGGCAGACAUCGCAGCUUCCAUCAACAUCAAGAAGUUCCAGUAUGCCGCACUUGUUCGCCAGGAGCGCGUGUUACUUGUAUGGCACGACGAGCUCGGUUCAAUCCUCUCACAAGCGAUGGAGAUCGAGUCGAGGAUACUUGCGCUGGUUUGGGGAACAACAAAGUCUCCAUUCGGAGGCUGGGACAGCGUCGUGCAUUCGAGCGCCAACUCAACAAUCGAUGGCUCAGCCAUGGAUAUCGUCCCGGAGGCCAAGGGCAAGGAUAUGGAUGUUGACGUUGAGGAAGUCGACGCCGAUCCGGAGAAGCUCGAGAGCGGAAUGGCCAAAGAGUCGUUGGCAAGACCCCUCAUCUUCACAAGCUCCAUCUUUGUCGGGCUCGCCAUAGCCCUCAUCACGAUUCUGGUCAUCGGAGUUGGUGGCAGCUCCAUUGCGCUGCAGACCAUGACUGACCACUUCUAUCCCCGUCUGCUACUCAUCCUGACAAUGCCUCUCUGGCUCUGUCUCGGUCUCUACUUCGUCAUCGUCGUCUUCGGUAACCUCUUCCAGGCGCUUGGUCCCAUCACUGGUGUCAAGACCAACAGCCGUUUCCACUCAGCUAUCAAGCCGAACUUAGCUCUUGCACGCUCCCAGGGCUUCACGCCGCCCCCCAUCACCAUCCAGAUGCCCAUUUACACUGAAUCGCUCGAGGGUGUCGUCAAGCCCACUGUAGCCUCGCUUCAAGCAGCCAUCUCUUACUACGAGUCGCGUGGCGGAACUGCUCGCAUUUUCAUCAACGAUGACGGAAUGGCCAUCCGAUCUGAAGAAGACAACGCCAAGUUCAUGGAGUUCUAUGUCAACAACAACAUCGGCUGGGUUUCGCGCCCCAAGCACAACCACGAAGGCUUUGUUCGCCGCGGCAAGUUCAAGAAGGCUUCCAACAUGAACUUCGCCCUCAACAUCUCCAACCGCGUGGAAGACGAACUCGUGAGCCUCAUCAACGACAUGUACGAGAAGGGUCAACUCUCAAUCUCAGAGGAGCAAGAGGACACGCUGUACCAGCAGGCACUCCAGACUAUCCUCAACGCCGAUCCUCGUGCUAAGGCCGGCGGUAACAUCCGAAUGGGAGAGUUUAUUCUCAUCGUCGACUCUGACACCAUUGUUCCCGAAGACUGCCUCAUGUAUGGCGCUGCCGAGAUGUUCCUGUCUCCGGAAGUUGCGAUUGUCCAGCACGCCACUGGCGUCAUGCAGGUAUCCUGGGAUUACUUCGAGAACGGUAUCACCUACUUCACCAACCUUGUCUACACUGCCAUUCGAUUCUCAGUCGGCAGCGGUGAAGUUGCACCUUUCGUCGGUCAUAACGCUUUCUUGCGCUGGCAAGCUGUUCAAUCCGUCGGUAACCCGCCUGAGGAAGACGGUUACAUCUGCUUCUGGUCCGAGAGCCACGUCUCUGAGGAUUUCGAUAUCGCCCUUCGUCUGCAAAUCGCCGGAAACAUCGUCCGUCUCGCCUCUUACCACGGCCGUGGUUUCAAGGAGGGUGUGUCUCUGUCCAUCUUCGAUGAGCUUGAUCGCUGGGAGAAGUAUGCUUACGGCUGCAACGAACUCGUCUUCAACCCUAUGCGCACCUGGCUCUGGAAGGGUCCCUUCACCAAACUCUUCCGCACUUUCAUGUUCUCCAAGCUCCAACUCUCGUCAAAGAUCUCCAUCUGCGGCUACAUCUUCUCUUACUACGCUAUUGCUUCUGCCGUUCCUCUAGGAUGCCUCAACUACUUCCUCGUCGGUUGGCUCAACGGUGACCUCGACAAGUACUACGUCGAGUCUUGGAAAGUCUUCAUCAUUCUCCUCAUCGUCUUCAACGGUCUGUCGAACGUCUGCUUCGCUAUCCUGCGGUACCGCAUUGGCGAUGCUUCGCUGCUUGGCGCCUUCUUCGAGAACCUCAAGUGGAUGCCGUUCUUCUGCUUCUUCUUCGGCGGUGUUUCGUUCCACAUCCUCCUGGCCAUCUUGUCUCACAUGUUCUCCAUCAACAUGAGCUGGGGUGCGACCGCAAAGGAAAAGGACAACUCCAACUUCUUCGCCGAACUGCCAAAGAUCUGGAAGCGCUUCAAGUGGAUGUACCUGUUCAUGUUCGCCAUGGUCGGCGCCAUGAUCUACUUGGGCAACUUCGCCCCACACGGCUGGGAGAUUGUUGGUCUGACCAGUGUCCUACCGUGGGCAGUCACUAUCAUCAUGCACUCUCUGAUGCCCAUCGUACUGAACCCGUCCCUGACUGUGUUUAACUACUAG